CAAAAUUUCUACAGCAAAGUGAAAAACGAAAAAAGGACUCCCCCUUCUCUUCAUCAUCCACAAAAGCUUAGAGAGAGCCCAGAAUAAAAAACAAAAAUCCCAUAAACUCAGAGCUGAUCCAAUCUUAGUAAAAACCAACGAAAUCCCGCAAAGAUUCAUACAAGUAGAAGAAAAGGGUUUUCCAGAAGAUGGUAUACACAUACACACCCACAUACUACUCCUCACUGCACGACUCCAUCACCUCAAUCUGCAAGACCAUCCUCCCAUUCUCCUUCAAGAAGAGGCGGAUUCCGGCUAUCGCGGCGGCCGAGCAGCGUCUGUCGAAGCAGCAGUCGGAUAAUCUCAAGUGGCAGCAAGAUUCAUUCCACAAGAUACUGAAUCUGAUGGGGCUUUGUAGAGAAGGUAUUGUUCCUGAAAUGGAGGUGUCUGCUUUCAGAACACACCUUCUCGAGACGCUCAUUGCGUCACCGGUCGAUCACGAGCCUCCUGCGGUUUUGAGGGAUAAGCUGAUCUUCUUGCAGGAGUUACUCUAUGCCAAAUGCAUAUCAGAGGAAGAGUACCAUGCAUCAAAAAGGCCUUUGUUACAGAGACUUGCAGUGCAAGGAGCUGAGAUUGAGGCACGAGAUGUGAUAGUCAGAGCACACACGGAGAUUUCAGACGAAGAAUGGUUUGUUAUAGAUCUCAAGGACGAGAAAAGCUUGGUUAACCAAGAGAUGUUAACCUCCAGGAAUAGGUCAAAAGAAGGUUCAACUGUGAAAAAGAUGAAAGCAGCUGUGUCUGCUUUUGGUUUUGUAUCACCAGAUAAAAAUGGGAAGUCGAAGGACAAGAACAACGUAUACACUGCAGACGCUAGAGGUCUUGGGAUCAAUGACCGAAAUGUGUUAAGCACUGUGUGUAGUCGUUUCCAUGAGAAAGAAAGCGACUCAAAGCCGUCUCUUCUCAUGGUGGGGAGCUUACCAUCAGAAUUUGUGAUGGGUGCUGAGAAGCAGAGUCUUAACAACAAGGGGAAGAGGAAGCCGUUUCAGAUCCUUUUUCAGAGAGAGCCAGAGGGGCGUGCCACUGGUGGUGGUAAUCACAUUGGUAUGGAAUCUGAGAGUAAAGAAAACAUGAAGUCCGGAAAAAAAGCAUGGAUAUUUGAUGGAUUCAAGAAAUGGAAGAAAAACGACACUGAGGAUGAAAUAGAUCCGCCGUCCCUCAAUGAGCAAUCAGAUGGAGCAAGUUAUGGUGGUAAGCUUGUGGCAAACCCUGUUGGGGAGGGACCAGACACCAAGCAAAUCAAGAGGAAAUUGCAUCCAAACGGCGCACCGACUGAUUUCUUUGUUGAUAAGGUUUUAGGAGAGAACAUAAAGAAGGAGCUAUCCCGGAUCCGGACAGAACUUGUUGCAAAAGAUCCAAAUGUUCAUUUUUCAGAUGAUGAAAUUGAAGCCAUCUCGACUAGGCUUCCGGUAGACAAGGCAGACAUGGAAAAGUUUUUCUCCAAAUUGUGGUGUGAUCAAUACGGUGAUAUUGUGUUAGAUGUGGUUAGAAAAGAAUUCAAGAAUCACAUGAAAGAGAUGGGAAACUCCCGAGGGAAAGCAGGGGAGAAAAGGGACAAGCCUCACGAUGAUGAAAAUUCACCUCCAAAUCUCUUUGCUCGGCAGGGCAAUUCAAACUGUACAAGGCAAGGAAGCUUCCUGUCCUCGAACAAAGAUCAUGCAUCGAUCAACCAUAGUAGCAUUGAUAAGGGAUUUAAGUACAACCCCUUCUUUGAUAUGUAAAGAUGGUUUUAGUACAAAAAGGCCAAGAUCUUAUCGGCUUUAAGUUUACCUUAAGCAAUGGAUUCCUGCAGGACUUGAAGGCAUGGUUCUUGCAUGCCAGCCAUCUGCAGUUAAAGAAUGUGUUAUGUAGAUAGGAUGAUUGUACUUAGACCUGUCAGAUGCUAAUUUUCUAACUCUGCAAACAUUUUGCAC